AUGAAAUACCCGCCAGGGACUCUUGUGUGGAUUAACUGCGAUGACGGGGAGUGGUGGCCUGCCGUUGUGCGGGAGACGGACAAGGAAUUGCUUCUUGUGGUUGGAGGAGGAUAUGAUAUGUGUGUUGAGUUCUACCAUGACCCCGGAAACCUAUAUCCAGUGGAGUCAGGAAGCACCGGUGUCCGCAUGUUUCAUAGGGCCGAGGAUGAACGCGAUACGGCCGAAAAGAGCUUUUUUCGCGUAACUGCGACACAAGAAGCUGUAGAAAGGGCGUUGCUAGAUAGCACCCGUAGUGAGGUACCAACGGUAGACCCCGCGCCCUAUACUCCAGAGGAGCUGCGGUGCAUGUCUGCUCUUCUUAAGUCGGUCAAUCAUACCACUGCAUCUCAUCUAAGGAAUACUCUUUUAGCGCAAGAUGGAAUUGAUCUUUCUUCGCGAGGCGUACGGAAACUGAUGACUGAAAGGGAACCAAAACGCCGAAAAAGACCGACACGAUCCCUGGAGGACAUUGUGCCGCCAUCCCAUGUUGUAAAGGUGAUUCAUGAAGUCGAUUCCAACCCUAGACCAACCGAAUUUUUGGUGGUGCCUCAGGCAAGUAGGCCGCAAUGGACAUUUCAGGAAGCGUUUGAUUCUUCUGCUUUGGAUAUAGUGCGAAAGGAAGUUUUUGAAAACAAGGAGCGGUUUGUGCUCUCACCAUUGUACCGUUAUUUGGAUCUUUUAGGGGCCGUGUCUGUGGAUGGCGUACCUGUGGAGACGACCCUGCCAUCGCCGAUUGCAUUACAUGAGGUCCCAGAAGGGGGUCUGUUGGCUUCUCGGCGCGUGCUACUCGUUCCUCUUUCAGCCUCUUUAUUUGAGCAUACUAUUGGGUGGAUGGUUCCUUUUGAGUACGAGGGCGCUACCAUAGCUAUGAGGCUUUUUGUGAAUGGAGCUGUUGUAGAGACUCCAUGUAAUUGUUCGUUGCCUUCGGGAAAGGAAGCCGUGGCUGUAAAAACUGCUGCCGGGGCUGAUAUAACCAAACACGUUUUACACAAGGAACUUUUUUCCCUUGCAGUUGGUUUCACUGGGGUCAUUGAGGAUAUGGCUCUUUGGAAGGGUGUUAUAGCUGCCGUGUAUGUAGAUCGUAUCGAUAUGGAUGCACUGGUUGACAGGGUUGUGUUGAACUAUAAGAUGCCUCCUCGUCGCAAGCGCCGCGAUGAUGUCGUUGGUGUGCAGGUGAAGAUCAAUUGUCCUAUUACGACACUUCCGUUAAGCAUCCCUGUACGAGGUCAUUUAUGUGAACACAUGCAAUGCGUGGAAUUGCGCUCUCUCCUCAUGCAGUGUGCUCGUACCAAUGUGUGGAAUUGUCCACUUUGCUGGGCGCCUACAACACCGGAUACAAUCGUGGUUAACUACAGAUUGAAGGAAUGGUUGGAAACACAUCAAUCCCAGCUGGAAAAAGUGGAUUUUGUUCUCGAGACACCAGCAGGAGUGCCUCUUCGCCCUAUUUGGAAGCGAGAUAUUUUUAGGAAUGUUGCUGACGUCAUUGCUCUUGAAUAA